CAUGUAGGUCACUGAUUUAUUGCACUGCUGUACUACGUAUGAAUUGCUGGGAAAGUUGCAGUCAAUUUUAUAGCCUAAGAAUCUCAUCUUAAGAGAUGUAUUUAAUUGGAGGAAAUCAAAAUGCUAAAGUUUAUGAUGGGAAAGGAUUUUUCCUCAAAAUUUACAGACAUAAACUAAACAUGUUGAGCUGUGUUAUUCCUGAGCUUGAUGAAGGAAAUAUCUGUCCUGCUUGUCCCAAAACUGAUGGUGUGAUCUUUGAGUCUCUUGAUGCUCUUUUUAUUGGACGAAGGAAAAAAGCUGGGCAGAGUAUUGGAAAACCUCUAUUUGAACAGCUGAUGUUCUAUGAUCAGACACAUGUUGAUCAAUUUGUUGCCAAUUAUACCACACCUACAUCAAACAAGGAGUGUCAUGGUUUUUGUGCUGGGAAUGCUGUUCGAUCAAUGAAUCGCUACAGAGCUCUUGAUGAAACAGCAAUCUUUGGACGAGGCUGUCGACAUGAGUUUCCUAAAAAAUUCUUAAAUUUGAAACAUGGAGAGAGAUUGAGCUAUGCAGUUUAUGUUCUCCAAGAAUUAGAGAAAGAUAAUGCUGAUAAACCUGCAUUCAAAAUAAACAUAUUGUAUGAUGUUGCAUGCAUGUUGGUGAAACACUUACAGAAUUUGGAAGAUCCAAUUAUUGACAUUUUUCAAUUUUCAAUUCCAAUUUUUCACUGCUAUGGCCAUGUUGGACGAUGCCAAGUUAAAUUUAGUCCCCGUCGUAAAGAAGGAUUUGGCCUAACUGACGGUGAGAUGUUGGAGAGAUUGUGGGCUUACAUUCGCAAAUUUAGUAGAAUGACUAAAGAAAUGCGUCCAAGUCACAGAGUUGAUGUACUCAGUGAUGCUCUUUUACAUUAUGGAAAGAAAACGAAGAUUAAUUUAGGCAAUUUGCUGAUGGCAAGGAUGAAGCGAGCUGUUGACGUGGAAGAAACUGCAAAAUCAGAUAUUGAAAAGUUAUGCAGGUGCUUUCCGUCUCACAGGAUUUCAAUAGAUGAUAUUCGUGAGUGGAUGAAGGACGAAUCGACUUUUUUUGGUCGUGAAGUUGAGACUGAAGAAGAAGAUUGGAAAUGCAAGUACGUUAUAUACCUGGACUUGUACGCUGAUCUUUACCAUCGAUGGAAUGGUUGCACUGAUCCAAGUGAACUGACUGUUCGAUUUAAUCAGAUGAAAAAAAUUGACGAGCAGUUGAAGAUCAUGGAAAGGGAAAACUCAAUUUCUGCACGCUGGCAAAAUACUGACUCAGAGUACGAAAAUGCAAAACGCAAGGUUGCAAUUUUACAACGCGAGAAAUUGUCAAACUUUCGAAUAAUAUAUAUUUCAAUAAUCAUGUCAUUAAAGACAUUAUUACAUUGUAAAUGAAAUAAAAGCUAAUACGUUUGUACGUUAUCUAAAAAAAUGUGUUUGGCGUUGCGCAGUCGUUCAAGGCGUACUGGCCCUAACAUUGAAAACAGGCUACUUCUUGAGCAAGCACAUGACAGCGCUUUGGAAGUGCGUUUGGACAGCGGUUUCACACUUAUGACACAAAGGACCCCCUAUGGAGAGCCUUUGAGCGACCGCACAACUUUGAAAUCGCUAGCU